AUGUAUAUUGGAAAGCAAGAACUUUUCUUAUCCGAUGACAGUGUUUGGGAGUAUAAAUUAAUGCAAAAUUUUAUAAAACCUAGAAAUUCGUUAAUUCAAAAUCAAAAUGUGAGGAAAAACAAAAAUUGGAAGCAAAUUGUUUCUGACUCAACUGAACAGUUCGGACAGGAAACAACAAUCCAUGGACUUAAUCGUUUAAUCACAAAAGCGACUGGAAGAUUCGAACGUUCAAUAUGCUCGCUGUGCCAAUACUUAUGUUCGGCACUUACCGUUUGGUUUGUUGCUAUUUUUCUGGCAUUGGGAAUUUUAAUUUAUGUAAGCCUCAUUAUUGCUGCACGUUACCAACAGAAACAGUUCCAAACUGUCAUUGAUACGACGAGUUGUCCAGUGUAUAAAAUACCUUUUCCGGAGUUAACAAUCUGCAAUCAGAAUCGCUUAAAUUGGUCACGUUUAGAUGAGGCAAAGAAACGUUUUCUUAGUAAGCAACAUCAGGCAAAGGAUUACGUAUCUCAAUUAUUUGCGGAUGUGCUUGCACGUUACGAUAUGCUCACUUUCGGUAAAUUCGAUAGAUUCGACAAUUUAACCACUCAACAACUGAAAACUUUAAAUUACAUUAAUUUCACGUCUGUGGUGGUUUUCAUGUCUUGGCGCUGCGACGAGAUUUUAGCCAAUUGCACAUGGCAACGCAAAUCCUUCAAUUGUUGUGAAAUAUUCUUUCCACGUAAAUCACAGUACGGAUAUUGUUUGGCUUUCAAUUCAAUCCUUUCACCACAGGGCUUGCGUAAGCAAACUUUGGACUCGUUUUGGCCUUGGCGCAAUGGCGCUGAUAGUCCUGGCAGCGGCUUGACUGUUAAGGCUUUAAUUAAAGAAUAUAAUCACUGUCCAGCAAAUAUAAACGAUAAAGGAAUCAUUUCAAUGCUCGUGGAACCGUCCGUUUAUUUUGAUUAUCCCAUUUCUGUUUCGGCUAAUACCAGAACAACAAUUUCCAUUAAUGCUAUUAUGCAUUUUUAUGACGAUGUUACAAGAAACGUUCCCUCCGAUAUUAGGGAAUGUAUAUUUGAGAACGAACAGGAUAGUCCAUACUUCACAACACUUGCGGGUCAAAAAUACAUGUAUGAGAAUUGUCAAACUGUUUGUCAACAGGAAUAUCUAAUGACUUUAUGCAACUGUACUGUUGAUUUAUUUUAUCUUUCAGGACAAUAUCCUAGUUGCAAACUAAGUGAUCUACCAUGUCUGGUACGAUAUAAUGAUCGAUUGCAGUUUUUUGAACAAUUGGGAGAGAAUGAAUUUAUCGAUACGAAUAUAACUGGAAUACAAUGUAAAUGCUAUCUGAACUGUUACUCCUUGACAUAUAUAACUGAUGUGCGUUCGGUGGUACUGAAAGAGAGCAAAAGGUCGGUCAAUAAUUCCUUUAUUGAAUUAGAUUUCUUUUAUGCGCGUAACACAUUAAUGGUUUUUAAAACGACUCUUAAGUACACCUGGGUUGAUAUUUUAGUAUCUUUUGGAGGAAUCAUAGCAUUAUGCUUGGGGUGCUCAUUGAUAAGUUUCGUUGAGUUGCUAUAUUUUCUUUUCAUGGAUGUUCCAAGUUGUCUGUGGCAUGAAGGGAAAGAAGCGGAAAAACUUAAAAUUAAAGAGCUGAAAAUAAAAGAAAAUCUUAAUCGAAUUUUGCACGUUCAUAAAAGAUAAUAUGUAAUUAUCACAAAUAAUAUUUGAAAUCUAUAGUAACAUAUACUAUCUUGAGUACUCUUUAGAUUUGCACAGUUUUUAUGUCACUGAGUUAUAGAAAUCGAAGUACCGCAUAUAUUUUUUAUACUUAUA